AUGCCGGCGCUGGAGGACCAAAGGGAUGAGUUGACAGUGACGAGCAGCACCCUUAUUCCAAAGAUGAAUGUGAAUGAGACGCCCGAUCAGGUUGGUUACUUGGGAAAUAGCCCCUUGAGCGCUUCUUCCGAUACAGACGCUGGGCAAUAUGGCAAAGAAAAACCGGCCCUUGGGAAACCCACUGGUAAGCCCCUGCGUGUCUUGUGGGCUGCGCUGGCAACAACACUGUCUCUGGCGGCGGUUGCAUUCCUGGUGAGACAAUGCUUCACUGGAAUGCAGAAUGCAACCGUAAGACGGCUGGCGGAAGAGCCAGAAUCCCCCGAGGCGGAGUCGGAAUCAUGCUUUCCAAUGGUGCAAACUCCUGUAGAACGUGUGAUUAGGAGAGUGGAAGGCUGGUUGAUCUUGUCCCCGGACGAGUAUCUGGCAUUCAAGGUGGACUACUUUGUAGCAACGGCAAACGUUGAAGUGCAGGGUGAAGGACCACGCACUCCUGAGCGCUUGAGAGAACUUCAGGUAAUGCGAAUUGUCAGUAUUCCUGAGGCCGCGUUGAGUGCUUCAAUUACGCUCACCAUUCGCGCUGCACAGGGGAGAGAGCUAGAAAUCGACCCGCCGUUUGUCCACAAGUGGGCAGCAAAUUUUCUGAAGCAUUCUAGAGAGAAGCGUGCAAAAAUCUUGAUGGGCUCAGUAAUGUUCAAAAUUAAGUACAAGGAACAUGAGGUUGCUGCAAAAUUCACUUCUCUCUGGAACGCUGCAGAAACCUUGAUUUUGACAUCUGCCUUUUGCGGCAAAGACGCAGACUGGAAGGUAUCUGUCAAAGAGGGAAGAAAAGAAGCGUCAGCGGUCUUAAAAAUGCGUUGCUUGAAUGAACGAGAGCGUAGAAAGCUUUCAGGAGCUCCCGGGUUGGAUGUUACCGCCAGCAGGUCGUGGAAGCCUGCAGGAGACGGCGAUGAGGAUGAAGAUGUUUUCUCCGAAGGUUCACCGACAGGUACCCUAUAUCCAACUUGGAGGAGUUCUCAAAGAAGCAUAGCUUCGUCAGCGUACACAUCGGCCACAUCGGUAUCGCAAGUUUCUGACACGCGUGCGUCGAUGUUAGUAUACUUACCUGUACACCAGCUUUACAGGCAGCAGUGA